UUCCCCCUAACCCAGAGUGGUUUAUAAUCAGAAAAGAACAUCUAAAAUCAGAAUUGACAACCGGAAAGCAAGUAAAGAACUUAGAAAGCUGGACAACUGGGAAGCUGGAUUUGGGGAAGGGUAUUAGGCAAGAAUAAGACAAACCGGUCUUGUCUUCAUUUUAAUGGUGAAUGUAGAGUACUUCUACGUGUUCACAUUCAUUACGCCCGUCGAUCCUCACAAUGACUGUGCGGUAUAGUAGAGACUUAAUACCAUUUUGCAUGUGAGGAAACAGAAACUUGUUCCGGGUUUCCGAGGAAAACACCUCCACCUGAAGCCGGAGAGAGAAAGAACUGGGUCUCCAGGCCUUGCUCAGCAAAUCCAGCCACGUGGCAGAGGGAAAGGGGAGGACCUGGCGUCAGGUUACCAGGCAGCGCCCCUCUGCUCGGCCCACUGGCACGCGCUCCCGGCAACAAGUAUAAAAGCUCAGGCCGGCUGUCCUUGAACACUGGUGCUGAACCCUGCCGCGCGCGCUUUGAAUUUCCCAACGGCUAAGCGCCUCUCCUGGUCGGUGUCCCAGGCAGGAAGGUGCAGAGACCCAUCUGACGCAGGACUUCAGGCAGACAAGCUCCAGCAGAGUGUGGCCAGAUGUGGUGCCUGGAGCGACUCCGCUUCGGUCCUGAGUGCCUUUGGCGGAGUGGAGACUGGCUUCUCCCGGGUCGGGCGCGCAAAGCCAAGUCUCGUACCACCGCCGCGUGCGCAAACGUGCUCACUCCGGACCGCAUCCCCGAGUUCUGCAUCCCACCGCGGCUCGUGCCCCGCCUGGCCUUGGCUGCAUUCCGGAAUUCCUGGGUCGAAGAAGCAGAGACGGACGAGGGCGCCGGCCGCACGGACUGGGACCCGCGCUCGCAGGCCGCGUUGUCGCUGCCGCAUCUGCCCCGUGUACGCACCGCCUACGGCUUCUGCGUGCUGCUCGAGAGCCCGCACACUCGCCGCAAGGAGUCGCUCCUGCUUGGGGACGCGCCCGCGCCCCGACCCCGGGCCCACACCUACGGCAUCGGCGGCGGCGGCGGCCCGGACGCCCUCCUGGGGACCCUGCGCUACCCGCGAGCUCAGGGCCCGGCCACCCCCGCGGCCCCCGGCGGUCCCCGUCCGCCCCAAGACGCGGUCGCCCCGCGGCCCCGCGGCUGCCGCCUCUUGCGUGUCCCCGACGGGCUGCUGAGCCGCGCGCUGCGGGCCGGGAGGAGUCGCCGCCUGGCCCGCGUCCGCUCCGUCUCCAGCGGGAAGGAGGACGAGGAGCGCCGCGCGGGCUCCCAGUUCCAGGCCCGGGCCCCCUCCGCAAGCCCGCCGUUGUGCCGGGUCCCGUUUCCCGAGCGCCUAGGGGCCGAGGGCACCGUGGCUCUGGGACGCGCCGGCGACGCCCUGCGCCUGGCCGCUGAGUACUGUCCGGGAACCGGGCGCCUCCGUCUCCGGCUGCUCCGCGCCGAGGGCCUGGCGGGAGGCGCCCCCGGGCCCCGCGCCGUUCGCUGCCUCCUCAGCCUCGUCCUGCGGCCGCCGGGCACCGCGCGUCAGCAAUGCAGCAUUGUGGUGGGGCGCAGCCGCAAGGCCUCCUUUGACCAGGACUUCUGCUUCGACGGCCUCUCGGAGGACGAGGUGCGCCGCCUGGCUGUUCGCGUCAAGGCCUGGGACGAGGGCCGCCUGCUGGGCCAGGGUGAGCUGUCCCUGGGCGCCCUCCUGCUGCUCUGAGGGCCCAGCCGUCCCCGGGGCGCUCUGCCAGGGGACUCCGGACACUGACAGCCGCGUGGUACAAAAUAAACGUGUAUUUGUUCUUCUCAUCAGGCCUGUUUCAGUCCAACACUGGCAGAGAUGAUUAUAGAUUAACUAUCCCAGUAAAAGAUAUGAUAUUUUCCAUAGAUGUCUCCAGAAUUCUUUUCAGCAAAUGGAAUGGUUCUACAGUGUUUCCCAAUAUAGACAGCUGUUUGCAUACCAUAUGUACCACACACUCCUGGGAAAUAAUGAAUCACAUGAAGUGUUAGAACUAGAAAGUGUCUUGGCGAUCUAUUUGCCCCAAUCACCUCAUUUUAAAAUUGGCGCAUUCCACAACAUGCAUCGAGACCAUCUUGGAGCAUUUACUUUUGAAGCAUUUUGUUUAAGACCCCAGAUAAGAAAAUGAAGGCAAUAGAGGUGAAGUGACUUGUCCAAGAGCAACAGUGAAGUAUUAGUUGAAACUCCAGUCUGAUACUCCUAGCUGUAUCUUACUGGAAAACCACUGGAGAAAAUGAAACCAUUUUAAUGUUCUACGCUUAAAUAAUAGUUAUAAUAGGCUAAGCGUGGCGGCUCACGCCUGUAAUCCUGGCACUUUGGGAGGCCGAGGCAGGCAGAUUGCUUGAGCCCAGGAGUUUGAGACCAGGCUGGGCAACAUGGCAAGACUGCGUCUCCAUAAAAAAUAGAAAAUUUAGCCGGACGAGGUGGCAUGCAUCUGUAGUUCCAUCUGCUCUGGGACUGAGGCGCAAGGAUCACCUGAGCCUGGGAGGUCAAGGCUGCAGUGAGCCGAAAUAGACACUGCACUCCUACCUGGGCAACCGGAGUGAGACCCUGUCUGCAAAUAAUAAUAAUAAUAAAUAGUUUUACAAGUGUUAAUUUGUUAAUGUCAAUCCCCAAAAGGAGGCACUGCUAUGCCCAUUUUACAGAUGAGGAUAUUGAGGCACAAAGAGCAGAGUCAGAAUUUGAACCUAGACAAUCAGUAUUUCACUCAUUACUCCUACGUAGGUAAUACCACAGUGUCUAAAGGGCUCGCUAUUAAAGUUGCGAGAAUUGUGCAGCUUCUCUCUGAAACUGUUGACUCUGAAGUUCGUGUCUACUUGCAUUCCUCAUCCUGCUUUUGGUGAAAAAGCAAAUUGUUUGAAAUGAGUAAUUUAUUAUCUCAUGCUAAUAACUUCAGGCAUUGAGAUGAGCUGAUGUGUCUAAGGCUCUGAGGAGGAAGCUAACUGGCCUCAGAAUCACAGAAAUGGGCGCCAGCCUUGUUGUAACCAGGUGAGCUAAUCUGCUGGAAUAGACAGUGGAGAGUAUACAGAUUGCAUGGUUUUACAUCUGGCUUCUGAUAAUAAUUCCAGAUUUAACAAUCCUAUUUUAGAGGAUGAUUUUUCCUCAUCCCUUGAAUUCACUGCCAGCAGGGCAUUUUUUUUUCUUUUUCUUUAUGCAAAUAGGAAAAUACAUCCUAAAUGAGGGUUUAAAAAUUGAAAACAUUGAAAUAUACAGGAUGGAGUUAAAUAUGACUCCAUUGUCUAUCUGGAUUCAGAAAUGGUUUCUGCUUUAUUUUAUUUCAUUUUGUCUUUUAGAACCAAGGCCUCACUCUGUCACCCAGGCUGGAGUGCAGUGGUGCAAUCACAGCUCACUGCAGCCUCUACUUCCUGACUCAAGCUAUCAUCCCACCUUGGCUUCUCAAAGUGCUGAGAUUAUAGGUGUGAGCCACCAUGCCCAGCCAGUUUCUGCUUUUGUUAAAAUUGUUCACAGUUUUAUCCAUUCAUGUUCAUUAAAAAUGCUAUUUAGAAAAGAUAAAUAUUAUACAAAAUUUGAAGAAAAAAAAGAAAAGAGUUUCUGUUUCAGUCACAAAUUGGGGUUAUUGUGAUGUGUAUUUAUAAUGAUGACCGUUAAACAAAUGUGAAGAAUACUGUGAAUUCUAUAACUCUAUCAAAAUCAGCCACAUCCAGAAGCUUGCAGUGGUUAACCAAAUGAAUGAUGACAUACAGUAGUUCAGAUCUAUCAUGUGCUCUUCUAUCUAAUCAGUCAAUAUUUCCUUGGCCCUCAAGCCAACAUUCAUUUUUUAUGUAUAACCUUCUUCAUUAUUUUGGAAUUUUGGUAGGGUAACUACUAACAAUUUCACAAAUGUAGCACUCUAAAAGGAAAAUAAAUGGAGAAUGAAAACAA